AUGAAGCGUUUCACCCAUUUGUUUGUGUGUCUGUUGGUUGCGCGGUCAGUGCUGUCUAGUGGUCGCCUUCCGGACGAGCAGGCCCUCAUGCACCGCCUCUUUAACGAGCAGCAAUAUGACAACAGCGUGAGGCCCGUCUUCAACUCGUCCAAGAACGUGGAGGUUCAGUUUGGCUUCACUCUCAUACAGAUAAUGGACAUGGACGAGAAAAAUCAGCUGGUGAUCCUAAACGCCUGGCUGGAAAUGAUAUGGCAUGACGAACGCAUAUCCUGGCGGAAAGAGGACUACAACGGCCUGGAGGUUGUACGACUGCCCGCUCGGCUAUUGUGGUUACCAGACAUUGUCCUGUAUAACAAUGCGGACGACUAUACGUCUGGUUUCAUGCCGAUCAAUGCUAUGGUCCAUCACGACGGCACGGUAUUCUGGUCGCCACCUGUCCGUCUGAAGAGCUCUUGCAAGGUGGAUAUCACCUACUUCCCAUUUGACCAUCAGGUGUGCAAGUUGAAGUUUGGCAGCUGGACGUACGACAAGGCCCAGGUGGAUAUGGUGAACAAAACUGGAGAUGUGGAGGUGUCUGCGUAUGUCACGAACGGCGAGUGGAUGCUCUCUCGUUACCGCAUCGUCCGUAACGAGGUUGUCUACCCCAUCAGCCCCGCCAUAUACCCAGACGUCACCGUAAUUUUGACGAUACAGCGGCGAAUCCUCUAUUACGUUUUGAAUAUCCUGUUCCCAUGUUUCUGGCUCAACAUCCUCAGCGUCCUCACAUUCUGUCUGCCCCCGGACGCAGGGGAGAAAAUCACUCUCAGCAUCACAGUACUGUUGUCCUAUUCCGUGUUCAUGCUUCUGGUAGCCGAGUCCAUGCCGCCAACGUCCGAGUUUGUCCCACUCAUAGGCAUCUAUUUGACGGUGUCGAUGGCAGUUGCAAGCGUGUCUGUUAUACUGACUGUUGUUGUUCUAAAGCUCCAUCACUGUUCUCCGAACCAGCAGAAGAUUCCGGGCUGGGUCCGCCAUUUUGUCCUCGGCCAUCUUGCCAAGAUUGUCAGGUGCGCAUGCGUCAAAGUGCCAUGCAAACGAAGGGCAAAGAUCAAAAAACAGUUACGUGAGAAAGAAACUGCGGAGGAAUUAAGAAAUUUACAAACAAAAUUACUUAAUGAAAUGAACACUCGUGCUUCCAGAGCGUCCUCCUGUAGCACUAGGAAAUUUGCUUUCGAGAAUGGAACAAAGGGAAUAAUUGGGAGACUUCCACACUCAUCGAAAACUGAUAUUAAUGGAAGUAAUGUAAAAAUAGACUUCCGGGAUAUCAGUGUGUCAAACAGGAGCUCUCUACUCGAGGAAUACCAUACGUCGAACUUUAAAAGGGAAGGCUCCCUCGCUACAAUGGACGAGAUUCUGAGGUACUUGAAGGUUUUGGUGGUAAAAAGUGAUGCCGAAGAUGCUGAAACGGAAGUCGUUGAUGAGUGGAAACAGGUGGCGCUUGUCGUCGACCGUCUAUUCUUUUGGAUGUUCAUGUUUAUCACAAUCGUUUCUUCCAUUAUCAUUCUUGUUAUUGUGCCUUCCUUUAAAUUUAUUUCUAAUGAUGGUCUUUGA